AUGGGGUCGUCUGCGUCCAAGGCUGCCCUCGGGGCGACCACCAACGAGCCCACCGAACCCGAGCCGAAACACCUGGCGGAUCUGAUCCAGUACAUAAAUGGAACAAAUAUGAGUGUUGUCCAUCUGGCUGACAUUCUUUCUGAGAAAACUGGUAGCAGCAGCUGGGUGGUGGUGUUCAAAGCCCUGGUUACUGUCCAUCACCUCAUGGUGUAUGGAAAUGAGCGUUUUAUCCAACAUCUUGCAUCGAGAAGUUCUUUGUUCACUUUACACAACUUUCUGGAUAAAAGUGUCGUAGAAGGCUAUGCUAUGUCAGCUUUCAUCAGACGAUAUAGCAAGUACUUGAAUGAAAAGUCACUCGCGUAUAGACUGAUGGAGUCAGACAUCACCAAAACCAAGAGAGGGACAGAUGGUGUGAUGAGAACUAUGAACACUAAGGAGCUGCUGAACACUCUUCCAGUUAUUCAAAUUCAGUUUGACGCUCUUCUGAAUUUUAAUGCAAAUGCUGAUGAACUAACUAAUGGUAUAAUACAUGCUGCUUUCAUGCUCCUCUUUAAGGAUUCUCUUCGCCUCUUUGUAGCCUAUAAUGAGGGGAUCCUUAAUCUGCUAGAUAAAUAUUUUGACAUGGGGAAGAAGCAAUGCAGGGAAAGUUUGGAUAUUUACAUCAAGUUCCUCGAAAGAAUGACCAAAUUGGCACAGUUCCUUAAAGUUGCAGAGCAAGCUGGAAUUGACCAGAAUGACAUUCCAUAUCUUUCUCAGGCACCCUACAGUUUACUCGAAGCACUAAAACAGCAUUUGGCUUCUCUGGAGGACAAACAUGACAUUCUACCUCCUUAUGGAUCUGAUGUGAAGUGGUGUCAACCCUCAGAGAUGGAAAUGACCAGUGAAAUGAACUGGCAGCUGAGUAACUGCACCUGCAUAUCAACCAUCUGGGACCCAGUUUCUAUUCCUUCCAUCUCCUACAUGAAUGAGUGA